GUACAAACGCACUUGGAAAAUCAGUCUAGAUACCACAUACAGCAGAGCCAGAGGCACCAGGUGAAGCAGUACCUGACCCUUGAUACCAAGCUGUCCAGCCAGACACUCUCCCUGUCCCACUCUCACACAGUCCAGCCUGUGGGAGUGACCUCCAUUCUACGAAACGGACACAUGCCUCCAGUGAGCAACGCUGGCACUCCGGAAAGCCCUGUCACCAAGCUGCUGGCCCUUGGAGGCGAACACGAAAAUGCGAUGGAAGAAGUUAUUGAAGACAUAAUCAAUAUGGAAUCAAAUUUUAAUGAUGAAGGGAUAGGUUGUUCUGAAACUCCUUUACUAAUGCAAAGAACUCUAUCUAGCAGCAUUUUGGAUAUAUAUAACAGUGACCAGGGAAUGACACCAGCAAAUAUGGGUCUCACAAAUGCUUCUUGCCCAGCUAAUCUACCAGUAAAAAGGGAGCUCACAGCAGAUACAAGAGCAAUGGCAAAGGAGAGACAAAAAAAGGAUAACCACAAUCUCAUUGAGAGAAGAAGAAGGUAUAAUAUUAAUUACCGAAUCAAGGAGCUUGGCACACUCAUCCCCAAGUCUAAUGAUCCUGAUAUGCGCUGGAACAAAGGAACUAUUUUAAAAGCAUCAGUAGAGUACAUCAAGUGGCUACAAAAAGAACAACAGAGAGCCAGAGAAUUAGAACAUAGGCAGAAGAAAUUAGAGCAUGCUAACAGAAGACUUCUACUCCGAAUUCAGGAAUUGGAGAUCCAGGCACGUGCACACGGCCUUCCAGUCAUUUCUUCGCUCAGUGCUGUUGAUUUAGCUGCACAGAUCAUCAAGCAACAGUCUUAUCCAGAGGAUAACUCUGUAGAUUACUCUCAACAAAUGCCUCUGGUACAUGGACAAAAUUCUGAUGUCUGCAAUGGAUCUACAGCCUUUUCUGAUCCACUUUCACACUUCACAGAUUUGUCUUUCAGCGCAGCUUUAAAAGAAGAACAACGACUAGAGGAAAUUUUGUUGGAUGACACAGUGUCACCAUUUGGAACAGACCCACUCUUGUCCUCCACAUCUCCAGCUGCAUCAAAAGAGAGCAGCAGGAGAAGCAGCUUUAGCACAGAUGAUGGAGAUGAUUUAUAAAAGCAAAAAGUGUCUCAUACCUCUCUAAACCACAGUGUUAAAAGACUAAGUUGAACAAAAGCGUUGUGUUUGCUCUUAUUUUAAAUACCUAUAAGAAGAGAUACUGCAAAAAUCAAUAACUACAUGCAAGUGUUUCAAUCAGCCCUUGCUUCACAAGAAAAUAAGAUGGACAUGAACUCACAUCACUCUACCCUAAAUUCACCCUCUGUUCACAGCCUACAUUUGCAUAAAUCUCUCUUCACUGGGAA